UUCUCUCUCCUCCUACUCCUCCUCCUCCUCCUCUCAAGAUAUCGUGAGGUUUUAGGUUUUUAUAAAGUGGGUUUGUGGUUAUCUGAUUUACUGUUGGUGGUGUUCAUCUCUUCUUCUUCUUCUCCUUCUUCUUGUAUGUGGGUUUCGGAAGAAUUAAGAGGCAAUGCGAAGUAAUUGUCGAGGCUUGAGAUGAGCUACACGGAUGUUGUGGAAUUGUCAAGUGAUGAUGAGACGGAAGACCCAAAAGUGAAGUAUGUUAAACAGGAGAAAAAUCUACCAGGUGAUGUGCUGUUGAAGAAGCAGAUUAAAUCUGAAAAGUUUCCUCUGCAGAAUGGACAUGUGAAUUCUGUGAACGAGACUCAAAGUAGCUCUAGUGCCUUGAAUCAAGGGAAUCACAUGGCUAUUGGUGGCCCAACAUAUGCGUCUUCUUUGCCUCCUGCUCCACUUACUCGUCAAUUCUGGAAAGCUGGGACCUAUACGGACGAACGACCUUCUGAAUCUGCCACCCAAAAUGGGCAAAAUCAUUUGCGAGUUCAUCCCAAGUUUCUUCACUCAAAUGCUACUUCACACAACUGGGCUUUUGGUGCCGUUGCCGAGCUGCUUGACAAUGCUGUCGAUGAGAUUCAAAAUGGAGCUACCUUUGUCAUGGUAGAUAAAAUUCAAACGCCUCAUGAUGGAAGUCCAGCUUUGCUAAUCCAAGAUGAUGGAGGUGGUAUGGACCCUGAAGCAAUGCGACGCUGUAUGAGCUUUGGAUUCUCGGAUAAGAAAUCAAAUCUUGCCAUUGGACAAUAUGGAAAUGGGUUCAAGACAAGCACGAUGAGGCUUGGGGCAGAUGUGAUAGUAUUUAGCCGCCGCCAAGAGCAGAGGUCAUUUACUCAAAGUGUUGGUCUCCUUUCUUACACCUUUUUGAGACAAACAGGUCACGACAGAAUAGUUGUUCCUAUGGUGGAUUUUGAGUAUACCACAUCAAUUCGCAAAUUUAAAAACCUAUUACGUUCUACGGAGGAGCACUUUUCGCUCAAUCUUUCAAUGCUCCUGCAGUGGUCUCCUUAUAAAACAAAAACCGAGUUGAUGAAACAAUUCGAUGACAUAGGACAACAUGGCACAAAAGUUAUUAUCUACAAUCUCUGGUUCACCGAUGAUGGGGAAAUGGAACUUGAUUUUGAGGCGGAUGUGGAGGAUAUCCGAUUACCUGGAGCCCCAAAAGUGGCUAAACAAGGCAGUUUACAAGCUAUAGGCCAACAACAUAUCGCCAACCAGCUCCACUAUUCUCUUCGUGAGUACUUAUCUAUCCUAUAUCUGAGAGUACCUGAGCAUUUCAGAAUAAUUCUGCGUGGACAAGUUGUUAAACAUCACAAUAUUGCCGAUGAUCUUAAGCAUCCUGAGUUCAUCUUGUACAAACCUCAAAUAGGUCCAAAUUCGGAGGGUGUAGUAGUUACCACAAUAGGGUUCCUGAAGGAAGCUCCACAUGUGAACAUCCAUGGAUUCAGUGUUUACCAUAAAAACAGGCUUAUAAUGCCGUUUUGGCGUGUUCUCAGUCAGAACAACAGUAGGGGCAGGGGUGUAGUAGGUGUUCUGGAGGCAAAUUUUAUUGAACCUACUCACAACAAGCAAGAUUUUGAGAAGACUACAGUUUUUCAAAAGCUUGAAAUCCGUUUGAAAGAAAUGACCUUGGAGUAUUGGGAUUUCCAUUGUGGAUUAAUUGGGUAUCAACAACUCAGGAAGAAGCCUCAGACACCAAAGCUUCCGAAAGCAUCUAAUGAAAAAAUAUCUAACAAAAUGAGUCGAUUUCCUACAUAUGAUAGUUCAAGAGUAGGUUCUGAAGGUGGGCUCUUUCAAGAUCAUGCGAUAUCCCCAUCUGCAUUUUCAGGAGGAAGACAAACAAAUAGUAUUGCCAACGAUCAACUUGGCACAGAACCAGAACUAUCGACGAAGAGGAAGGAACAUGAUCACGUCAUAGAACCAGAAACCAGGAAAAGGCAGGCAAGCUCAGCAGAAAAUGCAACUGAUAGCCCACUCCAUUCAGAUAAACAGCUUGCUAAUAACACUCAAAAUGGGUUGCAAAGUGAAGAGGCCAGAAUCCUAAUUAAAGAAAACAAGAGGCUCCGUGAACAGUGCUUGGAGUUUGAGAAGAGCGAGGAAGAGCUUAAUUUCAAGGUAGAAGGUCUCAAAAAUGAACUAGAUAAAGUUGAGCUCGAGUACGAACAACUGUUGGCCGAAUCUAAACUGAUGGAUAUGUUAAAGGAGGAGAAAGUGUAAAUGGUAGUAGAAUUUUUUUGUUCAUUUGUAACUUGGGGUUAAAUUUUAGUUUAGAUCCGCGAUACGGAAGAAAAGAAGGAAAAGUCUCCUCAUGUUUGGAGAUCUCGUAUCAUACUUAGAUUAGGAACCCCUCCUUCACGGUUGGUACAUAGGCAGUUGGGUCUUUACUCACCAAAUUUUGUUCGUCUGUAAAUGUGAAUAUUACUAAAUAUACUGACAAUCGAAGAAAAGAAAAUAGUGUCAUUUUUAAAAAGCAGCUUCCCAAGGAACA